UUGUACUGCAAGGCACAGCACAGCAGAGUGCACAUGUGGAAUCAUGCUGAUGAACUACGUCCUAUCUAACUAAGGAGCUGAGCUUUGUCUAAAGAUACUUUUUUCUUGUUAGACAGCUAAUCCUCCGUGUCCGGUCGAGGCUUGGCACUCAGACUACUGAGAGUUUGAUUACCAACUGGACAGACAGACUGGCAGAAGUGUGUGGGAGAGAGGAGCCAGCUAGAGGGAUAAACAAGACGUUCUGGAGUAUCUGACCGGAAUUCUUGUUGACGGUGGAAAGAUGACAUCCAAGUCAUCCAGGCUGGGCAGACCCUCAUCGGCAGGGUCCAAGCAGCCCUCUCAGAGGAAGGAUUGCCCGGUGGGUAACCGAUCCUGUAUGCUGCGGGUCGGGGAGAGGCUGAUGAGGGCUGGGAGUGAGGGGAACCUACAUGUAGUGAGACCCAAACCUGUCCAGCAGACACCCCUGGAGGAAGGACACCAACAGUCCAGCUCCAUCACACCCAAAGAGUUAGGAAACAACAACCAGAGAGACUCAUCACCUGAGGAUGUAGAGCGUUUCCACAGGCAGCAGACUGUAGAGAACCAGAACCACCACUCUGAGCCACGUUCCCCCAGCACAGUCCCCAGGAGGUACACCAUCGGAGGGCAAGGGCCCCGCAGUGCCAGAGACCCCCUGACCAUGCAGCACGCUGACGUAGAGAGGAAGAAAGAGGUGUUCCUGGAGCACCUGAAGCAGAGGUAUCCUCACCAUGCUGCUGUCAUCAUGGGCCAUCAGGACCGCCUCAGAGACCAUGUCAGGAGCCCCCAGCACUCUGCCAGCCCCCCACCCAUUAUAGGGGAGCAGCUCGAGCACCUCUCGUUAGAGUCUCUGGAGACCAUGUCAGAGGGAGACGGUCCAGCCGUCUUCACCCGUGGCUGCCAGGCACGGGCCAGCCUGCCGGUGGUCCGCUCUGCCAACCAGACCAGGGACAGAUCAUUAGGUGUGCUGUACCUGCAGUACGCAGAGGAAACCAAGCAGAUCCGGAUGCCCAAUGAGAUUACCAGCAUAGACACAAUCAGGGCUCUGUUUGUUAGUGCUUUCCCCCAGCAGCUCACCAUAAAGAUGCUGGAGUCUCCCAGUGUAGCUGUGUACAUCAAAGAUGAGACCAGGAACAUGUACCACGAGCUAACUGAUGUCAGAAAUAUUACAUCUCGAUGCUGUCUGAAGGUGUACCACAAAGACCCUGCACAUGCCUUCAAUCGCAGCAACGCAAGGCCUAACAAUGCUGAGGGCAGGAUACCAAGGGAGAUACUGUAUGGAAGUCAUAGCCCUGUGCACACUUUACAAUCCACCUGCAGUCCUGUCCACUCCAUACAGGGGUCCAUGUCUCCCCCCACAGUCCGCUCCAUGCCCUCCUCCCCCUCCAGGAUCCCCUAUGGCCACCGAGCAGGGGGAGGGGUGCCAGGCAGUGCCACCCUCCCCAGGGCCAGCAUGUCCAGUGGGCCCCCCAGCAGGUCCGUCACACCCUCCCCCAGUGCCAUCCUGGAGAGAAGAGACGUCAAACCUGACGAGGACCUGAGCAGUACAAGUAUGGCGCUGGUGCGUGCCGACGGGUUGUAUGUCAACGUCACUGACCCCUACGCUGUCCAGGAGGGCCGGCUGAGUAUCGCCUCCUCCCAGGGGGGCGGCCACAUGGGAGACAUGGUCGACAUAGGUGGUGGUAGCCUCCACCGAGCCUUGGUCAAGUCCCCAGCCUCCUAUACAGAGAACCCGGAGCAGCAGCACUCCCUCUACAGGCAGAAGUCCCGGAGGUACGGGGAAAGCCAGGGACUACCGCCACUCGGCACCAAAACCCCGCCCCCUUCCCCUCACAGAUUGAACGACAACCACGGCCCUGUGGCCUCAGAGAGGGGCUCUCCUAUUCGCCGGUCUCUGCGGAAGGAGAGUAAUGGUAAUACAGUGGAGGUGGUGAACAGGACCAGGGGUAGUGUGUCCUCUGUGUCCUCCUCUCCUGUGUUCGUGGAGCUCCCCUCAGGGCACUAUGGGGACAGGCUGUUUCAGGGACACCUCACCCCCAAUGACCCCCAGACCAGUGAGCGAAUGAAGGCCAUGGAACAACAGAUUGCCAGUCUGGCUGGCCUUGUUCAGCAUGCACUUGCUAUUGGGCCAGCUGAGAUAGAUAGGAGGACUGCUUCUCCUUUCCAUGUCAACAACAGUGCAGGAGUGUCACCAGUUCCUGCAUCCAGAACCCCUGCCCUCCUUGCAGAUGGCUUCAAUGCUCUAGUCCCUCAGGCCCCUUCCCCUGACUCCACCCUGCAGGUCACACUGACCACGGUCAGGAGGAACGUCACUGACCUCCGACAGCAGCUUCACCAACUCCGACAGCUACAGAUGCAGAACCAGGACAGUGUGAAGGGGAUGCUGAAGAGAGCAGAGGAGGAGCUAGCUGAGGUGAUGUCUGAGACCCUACAGAGACAACAGCAGGAGACCGAGCCUGGCCAGAGACAGAGGACCACGGUGGACGAGGAGAGACGCAAGUACCAGGCCAUGGAGGAGAGAGUUCUGGCCCAGCUCAGGGAGCUGGAGGAGUAUGUGGACCGUCUGAGGAGAGACUCGUCCUCCGACAAAGGUCAGCUGUCAAUCACCCUCAGGGACGUGGAGGAGGGAGCUGUCAACCUCAGGAGGGUGGGAGAAGCUUUGGCUGGACUUAAAGGUGAGUUCCCAAGCCUGCAUGGGAAGAUGCGGACGGUGCUGCGUGUGGAGGUGGAGGCGGUGCGAUUCCUGAAGGAGGAGCCUCAUAAGAUGGACAGCAUGCUUAAGAGGGUCAAAGCCCUGACAGAGGCUCUCAGCGGUCUCAGAAGAUGUGUCACAGAGAAUCAUCCUCACAAUCCCGAGCCUGGAGCAGCCAUAGCAGAAGGGGGUGUAGAGCCUGCCAUUGCCCAGUCUGAACCCCCCCAGAAGAAUCUCCCCACCAUGGAAUCCCCCAAACCUCAGCCCAGGCCCUCUGUCAGACCCCCCCAGCCACAGGUCAAGAACCCUGCAGGCAGGCCAGACACAGUCCCCACCUCACCUGACAUUGUCCACCGUGUGAAGAGCUCUCCCGUCAACAUGCAUUCUUGUCAGCACUCAGCAGCUCUGCCACACCACCCCAGCCCCCCACUGACCUCCACCCACGGUCGAGACUCCCCCACCGUGGCCAAGGUCAGUCCCCGCAGCCGAGAGAACAGUCCGGCCCUGCAGAAGAGAAUAGUUCCUUGGUGUGGUGAUGGACCGGCACCCACGGCCAGCAGCACUGAGACCACCUCACAAUCACCUGGUUCAGAGGAGAUCCACACCAACAGGGGCAGCCUCAAACACAUCGUCAUGGAUAUUGAGAUGGCAGAGAGAGAGCAGGACCUGGAGGAGGGGAGGUCGCCACAGAACUCAGCAGCCACCUCUUCUCGGAGUGAGUUUGAGCAGAUUCUCCAGGAGGCCCAGGCCAGCCUGAUGAAGGCCAUACCCGACCUGGAGGUAACUGAGACCGGGAGAAGGGAGGCUCAGUCCUCCCCUCCACCCCUAGCUCCAGACCAGCCAUCUCUCCCAGACCCAGAGCUUCCGCUCAACCCUCCACUGCCAGACGAAGUAGAUGCCCCUCAACCUACUGAGGCAUCUCUUCCAGAACCCACUCAGCCAGCUGAUGUGGCUGCUGAGGUGACUGUUCAGGUCAGCCCUGAGCGACCACAUAAGUCUAUGGUUGAAAAGCCUCGCAGGCCCAGUGUGGAGAGAGAGAUGAAGAACAGCCCAGAGAAGUCAGGGAAGUCUCUUCCACCACCCCCACCACGGAGGUUCUUCCCUUCACUGUCCGGCCCAGGGCUGACCACAGGGAGGUCUGGAGAAGUCAUCUUUACUACCAGGAAGGAAGCCACCACCGCCCAGGAUGAUGAAGAGGCGGUGGUCCCUCAACCCAGUCCCAAACCCACCAGACAGCCCCCAGAGGUCAAGCCCAAGCCCCAAACCACUCCUGUUUUUAUAGCCUCAGCUGAGCCAGGGGAAAAGGAGGACAAAGAAGAAGAGGAUGAUGAUGAGGAGGAGGAUAAAUUCAUGAAGGAACUACAGGUGUUUCAGAAGUACACUCUUAGAGAUGUAAGCACAAAGUGUGUCAUAGACCUUACAAGCACUGCAUCUCAAGUCAGACAGAUAGAGCCAGAACUCACUCUCUCACCCAAAGACCCAAAGGAGAGUCAGGAGAACAAGGGUAAAGAGAAAAGUGUGCUCAACACUGACGAAAACAGAUUUGUCAUUGUUCCAAAGAGUCCCAGGGUCAUGUAUUAUGUCACAGGACAGUUAUCCAAUGAGAAGCCUCCAUCGGGAAAAACAGACCAAUCGGAAGGCAGGGAGGGAACAUUGUCCCCCUCACAGGUGGCAAACUCAAAUACACUUGACUCCCAGCAGACAGAGUUACUAAUAGCAGACACAACACCUCUGGUAUCAUGUAACUCAGUGCUGGAAAGCCAAGAUUGUCCUCCUAAUAUACAGAAGAUAGCAGUUGGAGAAGAUAGUGGGAAGGAGAGCGUUGUUGAUGAGAAUGUCCGGAAGGAUCCUGUUCAGUGUCAGAAAGUGGGGGUAGUUGAACCUGUGUCUCCUCCAAUACCUGCAGAGAAGCAGGACAUUUCUGAACCCUCUCAGCAAGACUAUCUUACUAACAGUAAACCAUCAUCAUCUUCGUCAUCAUCACCACCACCAUCUUCACCAGCAUCACCACCACUUCCACUAUCAUCAUCUUUACCACCACCAGUACCAGUAAUCCAGUUUGUGAGUAGUACAGGCCAAGAGGUUUCAGGUAGUCCAGGGUCUCCACCAGAGAGCAGGAGCCUGGGUGACAGCCAGAGCCAGCAGGUAGUGUUGAGGUCCUUCAGAAGCAGAGCACCACGGUAUGUAGAGGAGGGCAGCAGCCUGAGCCCUGACCUCCCAGACGAGGAGGGCCCUCCUCCCCCUGAGAACAUCUCCUUCAUGAUGAUCACCAGCAACAGAGUGCAGGCUCUGUCCACUGGGGAGUACCAGGAGAUAGUGAAUGGUACCAGCAUGUCCGAGGUUCAGACCGUCAGUGUGGGGAACGACACCACCAGUAUCAGCCAGGAGCACAGUGGCUUCGACAGGAAGCCUGUGAUCAUCAUAUUCGACGAGCCCAUGGACAUCCGGUCGGCCUACAAGCGUAUGUCCACCAUCUUUGAGUGUGAGGAGGAGCUGGAUAGGCUGCUGCACCAGGAGAGCAUCAAGGAGGAAGCAGAGGAGGCAGGAUCAGAGACGAGUGUACCUCAGGUAAAGUCUAACACUUAUCUACAUCAGGCAAACAAGACAGCAGUGACAGGAAACACUGCAACCAGUCACCAUAAUACUCCUGCUGUGGUUGCGCAACAGAAGAGUACAGCAGAGUGCUCAUUACCAGAACAGUCUAAAACAGAGCCCUCAAACACCAGCAAACCAGAGACCAAAAAGAAGUUCAAAUUCAAGUUCCCCAAAAAUAAGCUGGCAGCCAUCAGCCAGGCGAUUCGCACUGGGACCAAAACAGGGAAGAAGACACUUCAGGUGGUGGUCUAUGAGGACGAGGAGGAGUGGGACGGACACAUGAAUGAGACCGAAAGGUUUGAGAUCAACAGCAGUAGCAUACCACAAACUGACUUUAGUCACCUCACCUCUGUGAAUAACAUCACGUCACCAAGCACUCUCACCAGGUCAAACUCUAAACGCAGGACAGAGGAGAUCUGUAAGAAUGCCUACGACUCCAUAACCAGUCUAGAGGAGACCAUUAAACAGCUGGAGAUCACUGUGGACAAUAUAAGCCCAGCAGCGCCUAACACCGACUCCUGUGAAGAGUCUCCAGCCACAGUGAAAUCCCAACGAGAGAGAAGUCCCUCCAAGAGGCCUGCCCCUCCUCAGGUCUCAAAGUUCCUGAAGCAUUCUCAGAGUAAGAAGUCCAAACCAGAGCUUCCCAGGCCAUCCAUCACAAGCAGCUCCAAGAAACAGAAUACCAGUGGCUCUCCUUCUUCGAGUCAAAUGUCACUUUCUGUGUCUGCAAAGUCCUGGCAGCAACCAGCCGGGUCAGCUGACAAACCAGGAGGAAAAACUCAGAAGCAGUUUCCACAGGCUAACAGAAGUGCUGAGAAAGCUGGUGGGGAUAGUAACCAUUAUUUCCUUGCUUUACCUGCUUCUAAGAUCCCAGCCUUUUGUCAUAGCUCUGGAAAAAAUAUGUCAUUGCCCGGUCCAAACACUGUGUCUAACCCUAUUAAAUCACCUUCCUCCUCCCCAUCCUCCUCACACAAAUCUUUCAUCCCAUCUCUUAAUCUGAGUCGUCUCGUCCCUCCUAGCCCUUCUCUCAAUGACAGACGUCAAAAUCUUUCCCUCUCAUCACAAACCCAAAAUGGCCGACCCAGCCCUUUCUCUCACUGCUCAUCUUCCUCUUCCUCCUCCACCUCCCCCUCUUCCAACUCCUCCUCUUUGUCCCCCACAUCCACGUCCUCCACCUCCUCCUCCCCUCCCUCUCCUUCCCUCCUCUCCCCGACUGCCAUGAGUCAAGGUGCGAGGAGUAUCCACCGCAUUGCUCAUAUACCCAGCUUCACCGGACACAAGAUGCAAGGUGGAUACAGCAGCAAAACCACACAUACACCAGCAGCUUCUUUGUCCAAGGACAUAUGAUUAUCUUUUUAUAUCUAUAUGUAACAAAGUUAAAAACAUACCGUAAACUCAUGCCACAGCUUGCUUGAAAUGUUGCAGAUGGAGCCAUCCAAUUUGUACGUUUUGGGUGGCUCAACACGUUGGAACAUUGUCAAGGAGGACAGUUACGUGUGUUGCGAAGCAGCGGAUCACUGGUUCGAACCCAGUAUGGGGCAGUCGGUCAGUGGAGGAAGCUAAGCUUUUAGCAGCACACAGACCCCUGUUACAUAACAGAAUAAAGUAUAGUUGAGGAAAGUGCACCAGUAUUGAAUUGUAAAGGCCUGUUAUAUUAAAUGAAGUGCCCUUUAAUAUAGACUCCAUGGAGAAUUCAAUGUUUUUUAAGAAUAUGAAUAAAGGUUUGCUAAAGUGCCAAUUCAGCAUUUUGACAUGUUCCUCCAUCAACCCUGUCACUUCUAGGAAGAUUUCAACCCACUUAAUCCAAAGAUUCCUCCAUAAUUUCACCGUCAUUGUAAAGCCCUAGUUGUUGCUUUGACAGUCGUUUCUGGAAAGUAUUUUUUAUUUCAUGUGAUUAGUGAUUCAUUUAAAUCCAUCUCUCAUUUUGGAGGCAAGAAGUUUAGCAGUUAAGAGCGAUGGGCCAAUAAUCGAAAGGUCGCUGUUUCGAAUCCCCGAGCUGACUAGGUGUAAAUUCUGCCUGUGCCCUCGAGGAGCCACUUAACCCUAAUUGCUCCUGUAAGUCACUCUGGAUGAGAGGUUCUUCUAAAAGACAAAACAUUAACAUUUUAAGGUCAAUCCUGUUACAUUAACUGAAAUCUGUUUUUAAUAUUGUGAAACUAUUCCUUUAAAAAACAUAGUCAAAUCAUGGUGUAAAAGCAGGUGAUCCGUUUCUACCCUUUUUGGCCAUUUUCUGGUGUUUUGUGGUGGAAAACUGAAUGGGGUCGAGCAUAACACAUAGAUAAGACAGGCUAGAAAUGUUUAAGCUAUUCCAUUGUUUUGGUGAAGCUUGCAUUUAAUUGCCACUCCCUGUUGCACACAACAAACGUACAUUCCCCCUGUUCACAAGGGGAUUAAUGGCUGAUUUAAGAUUAAAUGUUACUUUAUUUGGCACUUAUAGGGUCUUUUUUUUUUUUUACGUGAACAUGUUUUUAUGAAGUUAAAUGUGCAUUUUAUGACCGAAUGUACAAAUUAAGUGAAAUCAAAAGUUUUUUUUUUUUCCAAGUUACACUUCUCAAAAGGCACCGAAUUGGUGGAAUGGCCCUGUUGUAUGAUGAUAACCAUAUUCACAAGAACUACUAGCUUUACAAAUGAUCAACACAAAAAGGUGCAAACAUUCUAGAGUUAAUACUAAUGUAGUUUAGUGGUGCUGGAAAUCUAGUUACAUUUUUAUUGAUGUGAGAAAUCUGUGAUUUUAACGGAUGGUGUUAUAUUUUAUACGAAUUAGAGUGACACUUAAUAAUAUAAAGAUUUGAUCUAAAAUAACAAUUUAUGUAAAGAAAUCAAAUCAUUUAUUUACAUUUCUAUGGUGGAUGAAGGCAUAGAUGCAGACUUUCAUCUAGCAUCAGUCAUUCAGAUGUCAUCUCUCUUAUGCAAUGAGCUUAGAUGUGUGGAGUUGUGCGAGUGGAACUUUGAAGAACAAAAUGCUUGGUGAUUUCUCAAGCUUCCGAUGCACUGCCAAAUCUUUGAGCUAACAAGAUAGCUACUGUACAUGCAAAAUAAUGUUUAGAGGCCUUUUAAGGCAGUAGAUGUACUAACAUGCUUGUACUAAAGUGUUUGGUUUUACAGAUCAUGUAUCUAAGACAUGCACUAUGUGGACAUUGUAAUGUUUACCUUUGGGAUGGCAACUGACUUAUAUUCAUAUUAGUAACUGGUGUUUACAUUCAUAAUUAGUGACAGAAGUUUACAUGCAAGUGUAUGUAUUUAAGAGGGUUUUGUCUUCAGAAAAGUAUUUUAACUUGCCAAACUUCACUCCUAUGCAUGCCCUUUUAGAGAUUUUAGAGAUGUAUCUGUCAUGUUAGAGAACUAUUGUUUGCACAACUCUGUAAAUAUUUAGUGUUCUCUGAUUUUGUAAAGCUGUAAACCAUGUUGUAAAAAGGUAUUGUAGAAUUGAAUGCUUGUGAGGUUGAGAAACUAAUAAAGGGCUUUCUGUUAGUGA